AUGAGAGCAGUGGAUGAUUAUGGCGAGUGGUGUCCACAUGUAUACGGAUUUUGUGCAGAGCUUACACGGCAGCAAAUUUCAGAGGAAGCCUUUGCUGCCAAUUCACUGUGUCAUCACUACCUGGUGUUCAUAGAGAAUUACGCGAACGUGUAUCGCUUCUCCAUCUCUUGGGCACGCAUCCUGCCCACUGGAGACCUUGACGUCAUUAACCAGCCAGGCAUCGACUACUACAGCAACCUCAUCAACGAGCUGCUCGCGAACGGAAUCCAGCCCAUGGUGACGAUGUACCGCUGGGACCUGCCGCAAGCGCUUCAGUACAUCGGCGGAUGGCCAAACCCACUCCUCGCCGACUACUUCGUGGAGUACGCCAGAGUGCUGUUUGAAAACUUUGGAGACAGAGUGAAGUGGUGGAUCACAUUCAACGAACCGGCCAGUUUCACCGCUGGCUACGCCUCUUCUGGUCUUCAGGCGCCCUCGCAGAACGCGUCUGGCAUCGGUGACUACCUGGCCACACACACUGUGCUCAGCGCCCAUGGGCUAGUAUAUCAUCUCUACGAUGAACAGUACAGAGCCACGCAGAACGGUGUGUUUUUUACUCAAGCCAGAUUUCAUUUUUACUGA